AUGAUUUUGUUGCAGACAGAUUAUCAAAGUGCUCAACAUGAGUCAUUGGAAGAUGUAUCAGAAACAGAAGACUUCGGCACAGGUUAUCAAGAACAUGAAAUGUUUAAGGCUGUAUUCAGCGAAGGUGAAGAUAAUCAAGGGGUGGACAUGGACAUGUAUGAUUUAGUGAUAGAUAACCUUCAUAUAGGUACUCUAUUAUUUUUGGAAACUCCGAGUAAAAUGAGAGGAGAGGAGGAGAAACUAAAACUGAAACUGUGGAAAGAGAUAAGUGAGGAACUGUGUAAAAAAGGAUAUUUAGCAGAUGCUGAAAAAUGUAGGCAGAAGUUUGCCAACUUGAGCAAAAAAUAUGUAGAGUUCGUUCGCCAUGGCAAACAAACUGGCAAAGAGAAAAAUCAGGAACCGGCAAGUUACUGCACAAAAUUUUGGGUGACAAGGCUGAAGUAG